AUGGUAUCCGUGUCUUUUGUCUUCCUUGCCGCCUUUGGCAUCGUCACCGGUGUGCUUGCCGCUCCGGUCGAGCUCAUACAGAAGAGGCAGAGCGCCCAGGCUGCUCCGCACUGGGUUGCGUAUUCCGACAAGUGGGUCUCUGGAGAGAACGGCCCUCCCGCCCCAUCCGUUAUCAAUGGAUUCAACGUCUUCAUCCUUUCGUUCUUGAUGACUUCCGGUGCGGCGGACCAGGCUCUGGAAUGGACCACCCUCGAUUCAGCGACAAGGGCCUCGAUCAAGUCUGAGUAUGCUAAUGCUGGGAUGAAGCUUCUCGUGUCGGCAUUUGGAUCCACCGAUGCCCCUACUUCUGAAGGAUACAACCCUACGAGUCUGGCCAAUACUAUGGCAGCAUGGGUGAAAGAAUAUGAUCUUGACGGCAUCGAUGUGGACUACGAGGACUUCAACGCGUUCAACUCAGGCACGAACGAAGCCGUGACCUGGCUUGUUACUUUCACGCAAGCUCUGAGGGCUGCACUCCCCGCUGGGCAGUACAUCAUCACCCAUGCUCGCUGGGAACCGGGGAGCUUAGGAAGCUGCAUAGCUGUGGCGCCAUGGUUUAGCAAGUCCCAGUACCCAGCCGGCAGCUACCUCGACGUAAACACCCAAGCUGGCGGGGAUAUCGACUGGUACAACAUCCAGUUCUACAAUCAGGGCUCAACAGAAUACACCACCUGUGCCGGCCUGCUGACGGCGUCUUCCUCAAGCUGGCCCAACACCGCGCUCUUCCAGAUCAACGCAUCAGGCGUGUCGCUCAACAAGCUCGUUAUCGGCAAACCGGCCAAUUCUGGGGAUGCCAGUACCGGCUAUAUGAGCACCUCUACUCUCGCCAGUUGUGUCCAGCAGGCUCAGGCUCAGGCUCAGGGCUGGGAGGCGGGCGUCAUGACCUGGGAGUAUCCUGAUGCCGCAAGCGCAUGGAUUGAGGCCGUGCGGGCUGACUCCUGGCCCGUGUAG